CGCCGGGCGGGCCCGAGGAUGCCCGAGCGCGGCGAGGAGGGGGACGAUGGCCUCCUGAUGGCGCCCGAGUCGUACGUCGCCACGGCGGUCGUCCUCUUCUUCAUCGGGUUCUUCGGGUUCUUCUGCAACCUGCUGGUCAUCGUGCUCAUGUGCCGCGAGAAGCAGCUGUGGACACCGCUCAACGUGAUACUGUUCAACCUGGUGUGCUCGGACUUCUCGGUGUCCAUCCUGGGCAACCCCUUCACGCUCGUCUCCGCCAUCUUCCGCCGCUGGGUGUUCGGCCGCGCCAUGUGCGUCGUCUACGGCUUCUUCAUGUCGCUGCUGGGCAUCACGUCGAUCACCACCUUGAUGGUGCUCUCGUUCGAGCGCUACGUGAUGAUCAGCAAGCCGUUCUACAGCCGGCAACUGAGCCAGCGCGGCGCCGUGCUGCUCAUAGCCGCCAUCUGGCUGUACUCGCUCAUGCUGACCAUCCCGCCGCUGGUGGGCUGGGGGGACUACGUCAACGAGGCGGCCAACAUCAGUUGUUCUGUGAACUGGGAGACCCGGACGCUCGGCGCCACCACGUACAUCGUCUUCCUGUUCGCCAUGGGACUGGUGGUCCCUGUGUCCGUCAUCCUGUUCUCGUACCUCAACAUCAUUUUCACCAUGAAAAGGAGCACGAUGCGCAUGGGCCGCGUGACCAAGGCGGAGUCGCGCGUGGCGCUCAUGAUCGCCGUGAUGAUCGUGUCCUUCAUGGUGGCGUGGACCCCGUACUCGGUGCUGGCGCUGCUGAUCGCGUUCGGCGACCCCAGCACGGUGACCCCGGGGCUCGCCGUCGUGCCGGCGCUCGUCGCCAAGUCCAGCAUCUGCUACAACCCCGUCAUCUACGUGGGGCUCAACACACAGUUCCGGUCCGCGUGGCGCAAGCUCCUGGGGCAGACGGGUUCGGCCGACGUGUCCCAGGAGCCCGGAGGAGGCGGCGGCAACGAGCAGACGGCGCUCAGCCCGCCCCCGGGGGCGGCGGCGGCGUCCGGAGGCGUGUCGCUGCUCGCGCGCCUGCCGGACCACGCGCGCAGGAAGCACCCGGCCAAGUCGAGGACCCGGACCGCGACUGCGGCGGGCAACAAGCACCGCGGCUUCAGCGUCAGCCCCAAGACCAACUCCGUCACGUUCGAGAGGACGUCCGCCGUCGUGGACAUCGAGAUGGUGUGCGCGCCGGCAGGCCGCAAGCUGCUGGCGGGGGAGAGUGACCGCCAGUAGCAGCCCCCAUCCUUCCUCCUCUCCUCUACUCCCCGGCGAGCGGAGAACAUUCCCGAGUCCGCCCAGGUCGCGCGUUGGAGGACUCGCAAACGACGGCUUAGGGAACGUCUGUUGUGGGGGUUACCCCCGUCACGUUGAUGGGCGAAUGCAGUGAGCCGGCGAUGCAGCUCCGGUACCAGCGCGGACAGCUGAUUGGAGGCAGGCUGUACUUCGGCCGGUAUCGCAGGCUCUCCGGGUUGUCUGGGGAGUUCCAGAGACCAGGACCGCUCCGAGUCCACAGUGCCCCCUGUGCAUAGCCACACAAGGCCUGAUCCGGCGAGCGAGUUCCCCUUGGAUCGUCACCAAAAGAAACACGUGCAUGUAUACUGUUCACGCGCACCGGAAAAAAUUCGCUCUUUCCGUGACUCCACAGUAACGCACACGUAAAAAAAAUGCCAUCGCCUACUGGUUUUAUGACACGACUCCACCUGGUGGUGGUCUGGGAUUCGACGCUUCCCUUGCCGAGGGUUUCUCAUUGGCCGAGAGUUCAACCCCCAACUCCCCCAACCCGCACUGACGGUGAGCCAAUGGCGGAUGCAGCACUGCAGUGUAAGUACCUAUUUCAAAUUUAGCCUGUCUGUAAUAAUGACCUCCAGGAUAGACUCCACAGUCUUUUUUUCUGCACGCUCGGGAAAAUUUCACCCGUUAAUCGGCUGGUGGCCCUGUUGGACGUCUUCUCACUGGGAAGAAACUGUGAGACAAUUAGCAGGCGCAGCACAGUUUUAUCAGUAUUUCAAAUUCUAGCCUAUCGCGAAGUCUAUUCGCGAUAGUUUUUCCUGACUCUGGUUAUUUCUCACGAAAAAAAAAAAAAAAAAACUGGUUGCUCUUCAGAAAGUAAUGCGUAGAGCAAGGCUGAUUUCGCGGAUUCGUUGUUUAGCAAAGUAGACUUGAAGCACAUAUGCAUUAGCUUCACGUUGAUGAUUGGUAUGGUCGUGUAUUUUUUUCCCCCGAAAAAAGAAACGUGAUCGCUGAAUACUAGGGGCAUGCAGAUUUCGCGAAAAGAUUUCGAGACUCGAUGAAAGUUAAAACACUGUAGCACCGUCUGUGUUUCGUGAUUGGGUGAGUUUCUCCCAGGUACACGUCGAUUGUAACAACACCAAUCACAGUGACUCAGUGCGGAAGUAAACGCGUCCUGAGUGGCUCGGUCAAAAAAGGGCAAUGAAUUCUCUCACAGACGGACGCCAACCACAAAUAAGAAACCACAGGUGCGGGUAUACCUUGUUGCAGUUUAAUAAAUGUUCAGAUCUUUUCGCGAAAAGUGCCUGCCCCUACUGAUUACUGAUUGUGAUUAGUAGAGCCACGGAAUUUACGCGCAUUCAUUUAGUCGCAAACUAGAAUGCAAACCUCCACACUGUCGCACUGUGUUCAUGAUUUGACGGCAGUUAUUUGGACACGCCCCUCUACGACCGUGAGCCAACAAUGUCCAGCUAGGAUAGAAGUGAGCGAAUCAGGUAGUGCCAAAUAACAAGGAUAAAAAUGUUCUCGCUAAGAAAUCAACAAAUGGGAAAGUAAACGUGGGUCGAUCACACCUAUAACUUUGAAUUCUAUCCUGAGGCUAGAGGAAUCCGCGAAAUUUCCGGGACUCUAAUCAUGCAUUGUCCACACGCACUGGAAAAAUUUCGCUCUUUCAAUGACUCCACAGUAAAUGUACGUACUCUCGGAUGAAAAAAAAAUCCCACCUUUACUGGUUUAUGACUAGGGACCGGAAAAAAUUCGCGGGUUCAGUGACCUUUAGGAUGGACUCGAUAAGUCCUUUACACACUCGGGCAAAUACCACCUGUUCAUUGGCUGCAGACUUUUCAGAGUUCCCAACUUGAUAGCCUGUGAUUCGAUACUUAAGUGGACGAGGGUUUCUCACUGGCCCAAAAGUCCGCGACGCAAACUGUGGACCGAUAACAAUAAACAACGAAGAUGUGCAAUAGAUAGAAUUAUAGACUAUCACGAAACGAAUCUGCGAAUUUUUCCGGUCUAUAUUUAUGACAAGUCUCCACCGGAGACUGUGAUUCACUGUAAUGGAGUCAGAUGCCCGAACACAUAGGAACAAACCACUGCUUGCUCCUGACCGCUUCGCGAUAGGAAAAAAUACUUAUUUUUACCCGAAUUCAAUAGUUUAUUUUAAGAUUUUAGAGUAUUUCAUAUGCUUCCUACUUAAUAAAAUUAACAUUUUGUUACAGUAACUAUCACCAUUCAUGAAAAAAAAAAAAAGGUUGUCUGUAAAGUCGGUUUACGGACGAUAGUUUAACGUGACGUCAUAAAAAACAUUGAUGAAAUGAUUGCAUACUUUUAUGAAUAAAAUUGAAUCAUUUUUAUGGAAUUGUCGCUAUUAAUGUGCCUCAAAAAAGUCAAAUCGAUGGUUGUUCCAAUCGAUUGGAAGAGUGAUAGAUGCGGCGCAAGCGUACAAUGAGCGUAACGGGACACAGCGUAACGGGACAAUGUGCGUAACGGGACACUUUUUCGUGCGUGCAGCCGGCGUUCAUCGAUUUAUUAGACGUUGUCACGUCAAGAAAUUAAUUUAAAUUCAGUUUUAUCUGGACGCGUAAAAACUCAGUAGGCUAGCUUCACGAAAAAAAAAUUUUAAAAAUCUAAUUUCUGCAACAUAUUUAUUCAGGUUACACAGCUAACAUUACCUAACUUUUUUACAACAGCUUAAUGUAUAUGUAUAAACGAGUAUUAUUCGACGAAUCUUAAUUUUUCUCCAUCGAAUUGGCUGAACCGAAAACCAAAAUUCGAAAUGGCGGCGCACAAUGUUCCGUUCGGCAGGAGAAAAAAAAAAUACACAUGUAAGAUGGCGGACUCUUUAACUGUGCUGAGUGUGGUCAGGGGCAAGACCCUGGUCUCAGAACGUGUAGUCCAAGAAAUUUUUGCUUCUGUGAGAUUACUUAUUCUGUGCUGCAGUGCUGCAUCCAAGCGAGGCGUUUGUAAGAACCUUCUUGUGUGCACCUUGUGGACAGUUUGUAGGGACUGGAAAAAUUCGCGGGUUCGACGACCUCCAGGAUUGACUCCACAGUCUUCUGCACACGUGAGCGAAUGUCACUCGUUAAUUGGCUGGUGAGACGUCUCCACUGGGUUGUCUCUUUGAUUUGACACAUCUCUGGGUGACGCUUUCUCACUGGUUCACUGUACUACGCACAAACUGUGAGGCAGUAGCAGACGCAGCACAGUUGUAUAAGUAUUUCAAUUCUAGCCUGUCACGAAACUAAACCGCGAAUUUUUCCUGUCUCUUAACUAUUUGUUGCUUGAAGCACCGGAUACUGUGCUGGAACUUAUCAGAGGCACAAACAGAAAAUUGGAAUGUAUUUUAGUAAUAUUUAUUUUUGAAACAUGUAAAUACAAAAUAAUUAACGCGUAGUUUAUCAAUAUCACUAUGCACUGAAUAUAUUAGCGGCCAGAAAAAAAAACAAGUGCCAAAAUCACUGAAGUAAUUUAAGUAAGAUACGUAUGAUUAAGAAAUUAGUGGCUUUGAUGAUUUGCUUCGAAAGAGAUAAUUAUUGUGAUAAGGCUGUGACAAGUAUUUAUGAAGUAGGCUAGGCUAAUAGUAUUAUUAUCUCUUACUUAGCCAAUUAUAUCUACGUUAACUAUUGAACAAUUUCCUCUCUUUUAUGUCAAUUUUAGGGUAAUUUACUAAAUAGUUGUAAGUAUCAAGUUAAAGUCGUCAAAUUUGUUUUGUUUAAAUAUUAAUGUGCAUCAGGAUGUUGUGAUAACACACUAGAGUACGCGGUAAAAAAAAAAGGCAUUCUGAAAUUAAUAAAAAUGGUUCCUAAAACUUUUCACAUGUUGGCAUUAAUAUUUCUUAGGAUGUCUACAGUUUUAAAAUAAGGUGAAUAGUUUAUCCAUGUGUACCUAAGCAGGUACAUAAAGAAACUAAAUUUAAAAAAUAUAUAUAUACAAUUUGGUUAAUUGUUACUGGUAUUCUGUAAGGGAAUAACUGUUGGCCUAGGUGAAAUUUUUGCAGGCAUUUUCGACAUGAUGUUUAUGAAUAACUUCAAUGUUACGCACUCGAUAAAGUUAAUAAAAUCUAAAAAAAAAAAAAAAAAAAAAAAAACGAAUUUGGAUGAAAAAUUUGUAAUACAUUUGAAUUCAAAAACAAAUAUAAGAUAUUUUAUAAAUAACUAAUACAGAUUUAAAUUUUCCAAUUUGAAUACUUGUACUAUCUCAACACUUCUUACUUCGGUGGAUUAUAAAGGCGUUAGUAAUAGCCGUAAUUAUACGACCGAGGGGGUUCAUGAAAGUUGAUAUUGAUGAGUUCACAUCGCGUGACACCAGGUCACUUUUCCCAUGAUUAUUGUUGUAAACAUGUCAUAUUUGGAUGACAAACUGUAGGUUCUAAAGGUUAGUGUUCUCGGUUACAACUCGCAACUCACCUGACGAAAACUGAUCAGAGCGUUUUCUUCUGUACCGAAAUUUUACUUGUGUUGAUUAAUCAAGUUGUAAGGUAUUGAACCGACUAUAUAAUCUCAAACUUUUCGUCGGUUUAAAUUUCUUUCCAGACUUCAAAACCGCUGGAGAUCUAAAGAAAAAUCAUGAUUUUGUAUCUAAUGCUUAAUGCGAUACCGCCAUUCUGUCAUCCAAAAAAAAUGUCACCGUAAGGUAAACAUUACUUGAGAUGUCAUUGUGGACCGGUUAAUCAAUAGUAAUCACAGCGAAAGCUACGCGUGUUUAUUAAAUUAAAAUUUUAAAAAAAUCAUUAGCUGAAUUUCUGCUUGCUUACUGCGUGCGAAAAAUUUGGCCAGAGAAAAAAAAAUUAAAUUCAUCUACUGUGAGGUAAAUCUCGCACAAUAAACAAGGGCGAACAAUUUAAUUUAGUUAUAUAUAUUUUUUAAGCCGUGACGUAUACGCAGCGGCGCGGAAGGAAAUGCCUGACAGCGCAAAAGCGAGGCAGGUGUUCUACCGCGCUGUGCACGAUAAACAAACGGACGCGUGAAAACAUGAAAAGACCGAACGAUGGUUGCCGACAUUUUGGAAGUUUCGACGACCGACAGCGGCUAAGGGUGAGAAGUGAAAGUGAAAAAAAAAAAAAAAAAGUGUCUAUGUAUAUAUAUACAUUUUUUUUUUUUCACUUUCCCUUCUCACCCUUUGCCACUGUCGGUCAUCGAAACUUCCAAAAUGUAGGCAACCAUCGUGUAUAUAUAUAUAUAUAUAUAUAUAUAUAUAUAUAUAUAUAUAUAUAUAUAUACAUAUAAACACGCUAGUCUUUCAUUACUCGCCCGUAACGUGUAGCGUUUAACCAACCUCUGUAACAAGAAAAUUCAUGCGUUUUCAUGUUGCAAAUCGUAUUAGGCUAUAUUACGAACCUUGGACACGAAAAAUUAACGUAGAACGAGAGUUGAUAUAUAUACGAAAAAAUUGUAUUUUCAACUAAGUACAUUCAUUGACGAGAAUCACACGUAGUUUCCGCACCCGCCGCUAGGAUAUUCGCUGCCGGAGCAGCUACGUCGAAUAACCGAAUCAUUACCAAUUGUAGACAAAAUUUUUAAACUAUAUAACGAAACGGCUCCGAUAAAAGCGGAAAAGACUUGAAAAAAAAAAUACUAAAACCCGGCUUUUGUAACUGAUGUUCGACAAGGAAUUUUAUUAAAACACUGCCCCAUCUUGUUAAAAUUGAUCGUACAGUUAAUACUAUAAAGUGAACUUUGGUUUGAGCCAUCCGCCACAGAUGGCAGCAUCGUAUUUACACAUUUCCGUUCUAUGUGACUUUCGUCUCAUUCACGGAAUUUCUCCCGACAAAUGCCGUAUAUCGUGAACUAAGAUAUUUACACAUUAAAAAUAAUGGUUAGAGGAAAAAUCUAGAGUGGAACAAGAGACCUGAUACGUGCAAUAUGAAUUACCGCAUCAUUACGUACUCGAUAUAGUAGAUACAAAUGAUUUAAAAAAAAAUACUUGGAAGACAAAUCUGUAAUACCUAUGCAUAAAUUAGGAAGCAAAUAUUUUCUAAAUAUUGAAAACCGAUUUUAAAUUUCCCCAUUUCAAUCCUUGGAACUAUGUCAACGCGUCUUAUCUCGGUGUGUUAUAACGAAGUUAUUGAACUAAUUUCGUAAUGUUACGGUCGCAGAAACAUCUCAGUUUCAAAUGUUUAUUUUAAAUCUUGGUCGUGUUAAUAACUUAUUGCGAACAGUGAGGUAUUUGGUGACAACUGACACGGCAGAGAUCAGAGAUCAUAGGUAUGUUAGAGACAUGGCCGGCCGUGACAUUAGUUGAGGCCAUUACUAACUCCCUUAUCUUGAAUCUAUAUUAAAACUAUGGUUGAAUUAGGUUCACGUAAAAUUUUCACAGGGAAAACCCAGGGUACAGACAUGCCGGGUGCAAUAUGGCAUGUAUUUAACAGUCUUUUGACCGUGCGAGAGUGGGAAUGCAGGACAGGAAGAAGAAUAAAUGGGGAAGAAUAAAAACCACGUGUCGCGCGCGCCAGUGAGCUGCAGAUUGUAGUUGACGCCUUUUGACCAAACAGUCGGACCGCCGCAAACGUUGUGCCUGAUUUGCGCUGUGGUUUGUAAAUCACGCAAAGGACGCAAUACUGCUACGAGGUGACAAGCGACCAACGGAAACAAAAAAAAAAUUCAUUCGCUUAUAAAGUAAACAGUUUCGAAGCGAGUCACCACACUGUUAAAAAUUACAGUCCUUAAUUACGUACAUUAUUCUCAAAACGACAUAACCGCACUGUUAAAAAUUACAGUCCUUAAUUACGUACAACAUUCUCAAAACGACAUCACCAAACUGUUAAAAAUUACAGUCGUUUAUAAAGUAAGUACAACAGUUUCGAAACGAGUCACCACAUUGUUGAAAAAAGAAACAGUCGUUUAUAAAGUACAACAGUCUCAAAAUGACAUCACCACUGUUCAUAAUUUCAGUCAUUUGUAAAGUACAGCAGUCUCAAAACGACGUCACCACACACUUAAAAAUUUUCCCCUUCAGUUUACAAAGAACGCUGUUUACAAACUAUCCAGGGAUAUUCGUACGGCUUUCUUGGUAAACUUACAUACACUGAGUUAACUUUAAAAAUGAAUCCAAAAAUAAUACUCUUGGUAUACUACCAAAACAUUAAAUAGCUGGAAGUCCGUGGUAAUAACCUUUUUAUUUUGUCAAUGUAUGUGUUUUACUUUGUUUUCGACGAAACAUGCAAAUACGAAAUAGCAGCAGAGUUUCUACGAAGAUUCAGUUUUUAAAUAACGAAUAACUUUGCGUUUAUUUUCUUUAAAUUCUUCUUUUAAAAGUCCGUAAAUUUACUUGUUAUUUCAAAGAGUGCAACGCUAUAACUUUAAAUGGUAAAACUGUAGGAUCCAAAUAUCUUUCCUCGAAUUUCUUUUUAUUAUUCAUGAUUUUUCAUGAAAAAAAAUAAUAAAAUUGUCAACAUUUAUAUUUAGUAUGUAGAGUUAUUUUCUUUCUCUGUACAAAAGAUAAAGGAGUGAAAAUUUCACCUAUGUAAUGAAAACAGCAUAGUCGCCUUCUAUGCACAAACAUUUUGUCUUCGAAACAAAUAUAAAAAUUCGCCGUUUUAGAUACCGCUAGGUUGGACUGCAGAGUCCUCUACACUCUUGGGCAUAUAUAACUUGUUCAUUGAUUGCUUUCUCUAUGAGACGUUACUACUAUUAACAGACGUACGUAAAUUUCCCGAAUUCAUUUGUGAAAGCUAAAAUGCAUAGCCAAAUACACACUACAGACAUAUGCUUUCUCAUUGGCUACACAGUCAAAAGUUUUUUGUACUUUUACAAAUAUUCCUUUGUAAUCAAGUUGCCAAGAAAUAGUUUGUAAUACUACUAGAAAGAUAUUGUAAUUUUUUACAACACAUGGCUAUAAUUAUUUCUGUACAUAUAUAAUACAGUUUUCUAGAGAAUACUGAGUUUAUCUUACGAAAAAACGGUAUAUAAUUUUAUAUUUUUCGAUUUUUCAUUCAAGCAUUUAUUUUUAAAGUAUAGAAAAGAUAAUAAAAUAUUCACUAAUUGGACUUCACCUAUUUUGUUUUAUCGUUAAUACUUCAAUAUCUUCAGGGAACGGUUUACAAAUAACUUCAACAAUUGGAGGUACUGGGAUAACACAAAGCAUAAAUGCCCGGAUAAAGAAUCCGAACCCAGUAUUAAUUCGAACAGUAUUUUGUGGUGCAACAGUAUUUUUUUCAACGUAAAAGUACACAUCUUUUAAUUUUUCAUGAAUAUCUAUGUUUCAUUUACAAAAAAAAAUUACAUUUCAUACGACCUGAAGGACAAUCUCAGAACUGGCAGCCAAGCAUUAUAGCCAAUCGUGGAACGAAACCGCGAAUUUUCCUGGUCUCUUAUGUCUUAAUAGAUACGGUCAAACAUAACAAUUAUUUUCUUGGUGUUUCAUACAUAUUAUGUAUAUUUUUCCAAAAACCUUUGGAAUUGUGCAGAGAAAGGAGUGUUGCUUGACUAAAGAGUCUCACAUCCACAUAUUUAUCCGCACGACCUCACCAUUUCUGAUCAAACUGGAGACAUGCGGUAUUUGAGAGUGAAAUUACGAUGAAUAAUUUUACCACGGUAAAAGCAAUAAGCUUAUAAAAAAUGAAUUAAUCUUUAAUGUGCAGUUCGAAAAUCCUCGGUAAGCGGCGCGGGAAUUUCGCGCAUUCUUUAAGUCACACACUGAGAGAAAAGUUUGUUUGCCUCGACAAAAUAUUUGUUUGUAUAUGGUGAAAUAAAUAUAUAUUUUUAAUUAAAACAAAUAUUUUGUAGUAGGAAAGAUUCUGUUGACCCAACAAAAUGAUUUUGUUGACUCAACAGUAUAUUUGGUUAGGUGUAACAAAUCAUUUUUGUUUCUUACCGGGGUUAAGCUAACAAAAUAUUUUGUUCCACCAAGUAAAUAUUUGUUUCACCAUAUAUAAACAAAUAUUUGUUUGAUUCAAACAAACCUUAUUCUCUGUGCAAGUUAGAAUGCAAAACCUUCACACUCCCGCAAUGAGUUCAUGAUUGGACAGCGGUUCUUCGGACACGCCCCUCUACGACCGUGAGCCAACGAUGCCCCGCUGUGAGUGAAGUAAGCUAAUCAGGUAGUGUCGACCAAAUUAUCAAAAAACAAAAAAUGUUCCCGCUAAGAAACCAACUAAUGGGAAAAGCAAACACGGGUUGAGCACACAUAUAACUUUAAAUUCUAUCCUGAGGCCAGACGAAUCCGCGAAAUUUCCAGGUGAUGCACGACAGACACGGUAAACACGACCUCAACUCUUCCGGCUCUGGAAGCCGACUGACCGGUCACAACCUGUUCAAACUUGACACUGGCUCUUUCAAAGGAUCAGGCUAUAAGACGCAAAAAAAAUUUCUUUCGCCGUUUUUUUUUUGUACUACAUUUCUUAGGUGUUACAGACAUGCAUAAUGCAUUCGAAGUCAUAGAGUUUUAAUGUUAUACAUGUCCGCUCUGGGUAAUAAACAUUGUAAUUUGUUUGUAGGACGUAAUCUUUUUUGAUGACGAAAUACACAACAAAAAUUUUACAGUAAAAUAUCUACGUCACUAUUUACCUGUCAGGAUUUUACAAAUAUUAUGAAAUAUUUUUUAAGUUUAGAAACAUAAAAAAAAGUCUAAAUUAAGAAAAGUUUUAACUUACGUUAUUUGUUUUUUAAUUGUUAAAGCCUUGUGAAAAAUUAUUAAAGACACACACUUUUAUGUGACUUGACUUUGCUCUUUGUGUGUAGAUUUAGAAAUUUAGAAUUUAUUUUAAUUGUAAGCAAUGACCAUCUUGCAGCAUUUUUUUUUUUAAAACAUAUAUGUGCCCACUUUAAAAUUACUUUUAAUUUUUUUAAUGUUUAUGUUAUUAAAUAACUUCUUCAGCUGCAAGCUUUGGGGUUAUAAUAAACAUAAUUUCAAGCUUUAAAUACAUCUAGGAGAAAACUAUCAAUUUAGAAUGCUUUUCUAUUCGCCAACUAACGAAAAAUUGCAGGAAUCACCAAGUGCAUUUGAUACGUGUCAACGAAAUGGGGUAAAAGAUUGUUUUUUUCUUUAAUCAGCAUGUCUAUGAGUGAAAAUGAAAAACUUUUACAAACUUUUAAAAUAUUGAAGAUUUUGUUUAAAAGAUAAAAUGGUACAUCUGAAUAUGAUCAGUAUGAAAGUAAACAUUGUUUACAUAAAUCUAAUUAUAUCUUUUUGCAAUAAUCUACAAAUUAUUUCAUUUAUUGAUGUAUAUAUGCCAUAGUUGUACAACUUUAAUAAAAUAUAUUUUACCGGACUAAGUCAUCUGACUUAAAUGCUGCAAAAACAUUUACUCUUUAUUAAUUUUUAUGUAUCUGUACUACAAUACUUAUCUAAAACCCGCAGUAAAUGUUGAAGAUCAAUGACCAAUUAUACUUGAGGUUAAAUGUAUCUCUGUGGUAUUUUACGCUGUUUCUAGUUGAAAUAUAAAAUGGGUGAUAUAUAUUUGUUUGUUAUCAAAUU